AUGACCAGUGGGGUUAUCCUCCCACGGGACAGGCGACCGGGGCAUCGUCUUAGCCCUAUCGCACAUUGUCUCCCUGAGCCCGCGGUCCUCAUGGUGGCCUGGCCUCUGGGAAAGGGCCGCCUCGCUGUCCGCGCCCUGUCCCACUGCAGGAGAGGGAUCCUGGGACGGACACAGAGACUAUGGAGUAGAUUUGGAACCGAGGGGCCAUCCCGCUGCACUGACCUCCCUUCUGCUCCUCGGCUUAAUAAAGCUCGGGCCUCGGUCAUUAUUUUGGGCAGAUGGAGACAGGGGCAGCCCGUGAAAGGAGCCGGUGUCACUCCAGAGGAGAGGAUGGUAGGGAUGACAGAGAAGAAAAAGCGAAUCGCAGAAAAGAUCAAAAGCAGAAUCUCGCCUUUCACGCCGACUGAAAGCUCCAAAGAGGAUAAGGAGCGAUCGGGCCCGGGGUCUCCUGUCCUCUCUGGCAAUUAG